AUGGCUCGCACGGCGCGCCGCUCGACCGCCAAAGCCGCCGCCGCCGAGCCCGCCGACCCUCCACCUCGCGCAGAUCAGGACGGCGAGAACUCGACAACGGGAACCGCUGAGGGCGUGGCGACCACGGCAACGGGUGUAGGAGAGGGUCAGCCUUCGGAGGGCGCCGCGCACGACCCGUCGGAUGCGGUGGGCGGCGAAAAAAGUCACCUCGAAGGUGUUCCAGCGGAUGCGUCGACGCCGAUGGAGCUCGACGCAGCAGCGGAGGGGCACUCGGACGGGUCAGCAGCGGUUGUGAACGGGGUCAUGGAUGGCUCAGUGGCCGCGCAAACCGCAUCCACUGCGAUCGCCCCGCCGGUCUUCGCCUCGCCUGCCAACUUGCCUCCCAUCCCGUCGACCUCGCAGCAACCUCCGCCAAAGCGCGAAUAUACGGCGGAAGAGGUUCACGUAUGGCGGGAACAGCAGAUUGACGCGAAGCAGGCCGAGCUGGCUGAGAUCGUCGACCGCCAUGACGACUUUGUACGCGAGCUCUUCCACCUCGACCGCUUCGUCACGCUCGUCGGCUACGAUCCCGCUGUCGCAAAGGCCGACCGUUCCGACGUCUUCCAGUCCUUCCAAGCCAACUACGACCUCUUCCUCAACGCGACGCCGGAUGGAGCAGCCGAGGGGUCAGGUCGUCGCGGUACUCGGCGAGCGACGACCGAACGGAAGAUUGGCGCAUUGGCUACGCCCGACACGGGCGGUCGCUGGGGAGACCCAAAGGGCAAGGGGAAGGCGCGGGAGGACUCGAGCGGACCGAUGUUCGAAGCGAGCGGAUCCGGGCGAGCGGGAGGGAAGAAGGCGGUUGGACCAAGGGGCAAGAUGGCGGGAAGUGGCAGCCCUGCUCCUUCAUCGUACUAUGGUGGAGGAUCGCCAUCUCCUGCCCCUUCGGCCGAUACGCCUUACAAGAAGCGUCCUUCCGACGUCCUCACCCCUUCUCGCUCGACGUCCCAGAUCCCAUUCAACCUCCCGCCCCUUCCUGCUCUGCCUGUCGGCGUCGGCUACAAGCCCGUCGUUGCCAACCUUGCCGACCUCCCCGGCAUGCUCAAGGACGACCUCCCUCCGCUCUCGCCCCGAUCCGUCAAGCGCCGCCGCCUCUACGCCGCAUCCGACGUCACCUACUCGCACAUGUCCCAACUCCCGCCAGAUUCCGAGUUCGACUUCUCCCUACCCGCCUUUCUCAGCUCGUGGGUCUCGCUCGACGACGACACCGACAUCGCGCCUCCUCCGCCCGAAGAAGAGCUCGACGCGCGAGCCGAGUACGAGCACGACAUCCUGCAGCAGGUCGAGGCGAUACGCGCCGAGGGUCGCGAGCUAUGCAACCCGGACCGAACGCAGUCCGCCGAGGCGAAGCGGCCGAAGGACCACCAGGACUGGCUCGUCGACCACGCCCUCUACUUCUCGCAGCUCGUCAUGCAGGAGCGCAAGUCGCACAUUGCACUUGCGAGGAAGACGGCGCGGAUGGUCAUGAAGCACUUUGAGGAGAUUCGCGGCAAGGAGGAUCGCGAGCAGAAGGAGAUUGAGCGGAACCAGAAGGCCUUGUCGCGGUGGACUCUGCGCGAGGUCCGCAAGAAGUGGAAGAUGGCCGUCAACGUCGUGCGUGCUCGUCGAAAAGCCGAGCAGCAGAAGGAGGCGAAGCGUCUCGGCAAGCAGCAGCUCGACCUCAUGCUGAACAAGUCGACUACGAUGCUCCAGGCGCAACAGCAGGAGAUGGCUGGCGAAGGCUCGUCAGACGAGGAGGAAGAGGAGGAGGACGGGGAGGAGGGUGAGGACGAGGAAGACGAAGAAGAGGAUGAGGGGGACGCCGAAUCGACCUCGCAAGCGGCGUCGACGCCGGCCGACAGCUCUCCCGCGGCGACUCCACCGCCCAAGGCGAAUGGCCGGCGAGCACGUCGCACCGCCCGCUCUCGCCUGUCGACCUCGGCCACGCCCGGCGACGCCGACGAAGAUGCAGGCGACGCGUUCGCUGGCGCAGAGGACGAUGCGGAGCGGGACAAGGAGGACAACGUCUUUGCCGCCGAGAUGGAGGCAGAGGAUGAAGACGAUGACGACGAGAUGGCGGGUCUCGCUGCCGAAGCCGACAUGCCCAUCGAGGAGCUGCUUCGACGAUCAGGCUACGCUGCGAUGAUGGCGGAAGAGGCGGCAGGUGGUGGUGAAGCGGAAGAGGAGGAAGGAGAGGAGGAUGAGGAAGAGGAAGAGGGCGAAGACGACGCGAGCAUAGCGGACGUUGUGGAUGAUGCCGCCUCAGAGCAGGACUCUGCGGUCAAGUCGACGUCCAGUACGAACGCCGCGCCGUCGCCUUCGACUCCGGGCACCUCAGCACCCGCCGGACCCGAGUUGACCGCCGAGGAGAAGGAGGCGGAGGCGAUGUCCGAGUUCGGCUCUGAAGCCGGCGACGACGAGCGUGACGACGAGGACGCGCGGAUGGCGAAGGAGAUGGAGGCCGAGGAGGGCGAAUCGGACGACGAGGAGAUGAAGGGUCUCGCGGCGGAGGCGGACAUGCCGAUCGAGGAGCUGAUGCGCAAGUACGGGUACGGCGGUGGGGAGUCUGCUGAAGCUACUGCUGGCGAACCGGACGGCGCCGUGAAGGCUGAGGAGGAAGAGCGCAAGGUGUCUCCCGAGCCCGAGGAGGAGGACGAGGGCGACGAGGCGAAAGGCGAAGAGGACGCCGAAGACAAGCCUGAGGAUGGCGCAGACCGGCAGAUCGUCCAUCUCAAGCCGCCAUUCCUGCUCCGCGCGACCCUGCGGCCGUACCAGCAAGCCGGCCUCGAAUGGCUCGCCAGUCUCUACACGAGUGGCGUCAACGGCAUCCUCGCCGACGAGAUGGGUCUCGGCAAGACGAUCCAGACGAUCUCGCUUCUCGCCCACCUCGCCUGCGACAAGGGGCAGUGGGGGCCGCAUCUCGUCGUCGUCCCAACCUCGGUCAUGCUCAACUGGGAGAUGGAGUUCCGCAAGUUCUUCCCGGGCUUCAAGCUCCUCACCUACUACGGCACCCAAAAGGAGCGCAAGAAGAAGCGCGAGGGGUGGAACACGGAGAACGCCUUCAACGUCUGCAUCACCUCGUACCAGCUCGUUCUGGCCGACCAGCACAUCUUCCGCCGCAAGCCGUGGCACUACCUCAUCCUCGACGAGGCGCACCACAUCAAGAACUUCCGCUCGCAGCGGUGGCAGACUCUCCUCGGUUUCAACGCGCGGCAUCGCCUUCUCCUGACCGGCACACCGCUGCAGAACAACCUGAUGGAGCUGUGGUCGCUUCUCUACUUCCUCAUGCCUCACGGUCUCAUUACCGACGGUUCGGGCCCCUUCGCCGAGCACGCCGACUUCCAGGCGUGGUUCUCGAACCCGAUGGAGAAGGCCAUCGAGAGCGGUGAGGUGAUGGACGCCGAGAUGCAGGCGACGGUCAACAAGCUUCACACGAUCCUUCGCCCAUACCUCCUCCGACGCCUCAAGGCCGAAGUCGAGACCCAGAUGCCCGGCAAGACCGAGUCGGUCAUCUACUGUCGCAUGUCGAAGCGCCAGCGGUUCCUCUACGACGACUUCAUGUCGCGCGCCCAGACCCGCGACACCCUCGCCUCAGGCCACUUCCUCAGCAUUAUCAACUGUCUCAUGCAGCUCCGCAAGGUCUGCAACCACCCCGACCUCUUCGAAGUCCGGCCCAUCGUCACGUCGUUCUCGAUGCAGCGGUCCGUCGUCAGCGGAUUCGAGCCGUCGGAGCUGCUCGUCCGGAAGCGCCUGCUCGAGGACGAGCCGAUUGCGAAGAUGGAUUGGACGACCUUGACGCUCGUCAAGCCGUGGCAAGAAGAGACGACGUCGACUGUCGCCGGCCAGAUCCGCCUCCACCUCGACGCGUCAACUUCGUUCCCAUACUUGCACCGCGUCCCGAUGGACGUCAACCUCGCCUCCCCGCCUCCGCGCGACACCAAGACGAUUGCCGGGUGGCGGCGCUACCGCGCGUGGCAGGAGCACCACGCCAUCCUGUCCCGCCUCAACCGCCUCGCCGUCGUCAACCGCCGCCGCUGCCUCUCCUCGACCCCUUACUUCGGCGCGGACCUCCUCCACCUCCUCCGCGAGCCGAGUCGCUCGUCUCAGCUCCUCCCGACCGACGCCAUUCGCCCCGACCGCGAGGCACUGUCGCGACCGUCGAUCGUACCGAACAUGAUCCUCUCGCACGAGCAGCGGGCGAGCGCCUUGGAGGAGACGGUCUCCCUUUUCUCCUUCGCGACGCCCAAGGUUCGCGCGCACGACAUGAAGCACCACGCGCUGCCGGGCAUGUCGCAGGACGAUGUCGACGAUAUCGAAGAGGAGGCGCCCGCCGAGCUUCUCCACGCCGCGUCGACCAAGCUCACGGUCGCCUUUCCCGACCGCUCGCUUCUGCAGUACGACUGCGGCAAGCUGCAGAAGCUCGACGAGCUCUUGCGCGAGUGCAAGGCCGGCGGACACCGCGCCCUCAUCUUCACCCAGAUGACCAAGGUCCUCGACAUCCUCGAAGAGUUCCUCUCGUACCAGGGCUACCGCUACCUCCGCCUCGACGGUUCGACCAAGAUCGAGCAGCGCCAGGCGCUGACGGAGCGGUUUAACUCGAACGACAAGAUCCUGUGCUUCAUCUCGUCGACUCGCGCGGGCGGUCUCGGCAUCAACUUGCAGGGCGCCGACACCGUCAUCUUCUACGACUCGGACUGGAACCCUGCUCUCGACCGCCAGUGCCAGGAUCGCGCACACCGCAUCGGCCAGACUCGCGAGGUCCGCAUCUGGCGCUUCGUAACCGAGCACUCGAUCGAAGAGAACAUGCUCAAGAAGGCGAACCAGAAGCGCAAGCUCGACCAGAUGGUGAUCGCCGAAGGCGAGUUCACGACGGACCACCUCCAGAAACUCGACUGGCGGGACUACCUCGACGAUGGACAACUCGCCGAAUUGGGCGUCGACGCGGGUUCGAACGAGCAAGGCGAUACCGGGACAGGCGCAAGCGCGAUGCAGUCUGCCGCAGAGAUCCGACAGGCUCUUGCGGCGGCGGAGGACGCGGAGGACGUCGCUGCUGCGAAAGCCGCAGAGCAGGAGAUCGAGAUUGACCGGACGGACUUUGGGAAUGAGGGUCAGCAGGCUUCGAGGACGGCUGCGACAUUUGGGAAGGACGGAUUGGUCAACACGACUGCUGCGGGGCAGAAGGAGGAGGAGGAGGAUCCCCUCGCGGGUACGAUCGAUGGAGUUAUGGUCAAGUGGGUCGAGGAGGAUUGGGAUUACUUUGCGUGA